AUGCCACAUCAAUCACGGUAUCUCUGGUUAGCAUACCGUAAUCUGCUCUCAGCAGGUCGACUAAAAUCAAACACGGAACAAGCUAAGUUGGCCAGCGAACUUGGUCAGUUACAGCAGAGGCUCACCACUACCAGAUGGUUGAGGCAGAACACCCAUAACGGCUUCUACAUCCAUGGAGGUGUGGGUACCGGGAAGUCCAGGAUGGCAGACUUGUUCGCUGCGACUUUGCCAUCGCAGGUCACGCGACGUCGCGCACACUUCUUCGAGUUUAUGACAGACAUUCAUAUGCGCUUACACCGUGCACGUAGUCAAGCGAAUUAUGCUGGAGAUCCACUCGUGCAGAUUGGUCAUGUGGUACAGAAAGAGUCGUCUGUCUUGUGUCUGGAUGAGUUUCAGGUCAGCGAUAUCGCUGAUGCAGUAAUACUCAAGCGUUUGUUUACCUCUUUCUGGGAACGAGGUGGAAUAAUGAUCUCGACCAGCAAUCGACAUCCUACAGAACUGUACAAAAACGGGCUGAACAGAGGACUGUUUAUCCCCUUUAUUGAGGAACUACAACGACGUUGUGUCAUUUUCCAGAUGAAAGGUGAGCACGACUACCGUAUGGACAAUGGGAAGCAGUAUCAGAGACAUGAUAUUUUCUUCACCGAUGCCACGGAAUUUCAAAGAUCCCUCUCAAAAGUCACGGACGACGCUUUUGUCAAAUCUAUCGAAAUACCAGUCGUGAUGGGCAGGAAAAUGAAGGUCAAUGCUACAGAAGUCAACGACAACGCCAAGCCGAUGGUGUCGGCCACUUUCUCAUCCCUCUGCGAAGCUUUUCUCGGCGCCUCAGACUAUCACGCUUUGUGCAAUUUUGCGUCUACUAUCUACCUCUCAGGCCUUCGCAAAUUUCGAUCCGAUGAACUGGAUAUUGUCAGACGAUUCAUCACAUUGGUUGACAUUGCAUAUGAAUCGCGGACACGCAUUCUGUGCCUGUCCACCGAACCCAUCCUGAAAACGUUUGAGAACAUCAUCCUGAGUGGAGAACCAACAUCCGAAGUCGAGAGCGGAGGUGACCAAGGCUUGUCAACGUCGAAACCUUUGAAUAAGCUACGCGAAGUUCUACAAGAUCAAAACCUGAAAGUCAGGGGCGAGGGAGGGAGCAGUUCAAGCAUGAUGAGCACGUUCAUUAACGACGUUGAGUGGAGUGCUACAGGUCUGAAGAAAGCUUCGCUUGCAACUGGUGGAGCUGGCGAGACGGACGUCAGGUUUGCGAUAGUGCGUGCGAUAUCGAGGUUGUCGGAGAUGAGUUCAGAAGGAUAUGGUGUGAAAGAUUGA